UUUUCUCGUGCCCGGUGAAAUUUUUACAUCUCUUCGGUGCUUUGGAACUGGAGCUGCUCAUCUUGAAUGUAUUUAAGUAGAUACGACACCUCAAAAACACCGACGAAGGCCGCACCAAUUCACCACAACCACGAAUCAAAAAGUAAAUUUUUAACAUAACUUCAAAAUGUCACGCAAAUACCGUUUUAUGCUGCGUUGCCGGUUGGUGCGCGCUAUCAAAUAGCGACUUGAUGAUAAUCAGGGCUGCGUUCGAGAACAUCGCACCAAUUGAAAAAUCGCUCUAAGUGGUGGGGGAAGAUAGUGUGCUACAGUGUGUUAGUUGUUUCAUAAUGUUUUCGAACGAUUCAGGAGCGAUGUCAAAAGAUCUAACCUAAACUAAGAUGGAAAGCAAGAAAAUUAUUACUACUUGUGUGUUGGUAUUAAAUAAGAUACUUUUUGAUGCGGUAUUAGAACUAGAAGAUGCAGAAGAAGAUUUUGAUGAAGAUGUGGAACUUGUUGUGGUAAAUAAAGUGAAAAAUCAGUUGUCUCCAAGACAAAGAGAAAUUCCCAGAUGUAAGAACUACUUUGAACAUGUUAUACCGCAAUAUUUACCAGAAGAAUUUCAAUCACACUUCAGAAUAUCACGUGAAGCGUUCGAACUAUUGUGCAACCAACUUAUACCUUUGUUACAAAAAAAUUAUCAUACAGGGCGUCCUUUAAAACAACUGGACAAACAGAUAUUGGCAACUAUUUGGAUACUGGCGACACCAGACUCGUAUAGAUCAAUUGGCACACAGUUCAAUAUGGGAAAAAGUACUUUAAGUGAUGCUUUUGUUAGAGUCAUUAAAGGACUAAAUCAAUUAGCUUCAAGAGGAUUUGGUGAACUGAAUAAUGUAAUUGGUGCAAUUGAUGGGACAUAUAUUCCAAUCAAAGCACCACAACAAAAUCCAGAUGCUUAUAUUACAAGAAAAUGUUUCUGUGCUCUAACAUUGCAAGCCAUUGUUGAACCAUCACUGAAAUUUGUGGAUGCGUUUGUUGGAUAUCCAGGGUCAGUGAGUGAUUGUCGUGUGUUUCGAAAUUCACCAAUAUAUUCUGAUAUAUGCGAAAAUAGAGCUGGCUUUUUUGAACAUGGCGAGUACAUUAUAGGUGACAAGAGCUAUCCUAUUUUAGAGUGGUGUAUUCCACCCUACAUCCAACAUCGUCCACUUACUGCUGUCCAGACGUACUUCAAUACUGUUCACGCAACAACAAGGCAGGUUAUAGAAAGAGCAUUUGCUCUCUUAUUUGGACGAUUCCGUAGACUAAAAUUUCUUGACAUGAAUAGACAAGAUUUAAUUCCAGCAACUGUGCUAGCUGCAUGUGUGUUACAUAAUCUAUGUUUAAAUCAUGACGAUCUAUUAAUUGAAAGAUACAUUCAAGAAGGAAAUGAAUUUGUGCAGGAAAAUGGCGACAUUCCAGAUGUUGAUGUCGAGAUAUUUCAUGAGGUGAGAGAUGAGGGGAGAACCUUUCGAAACAACAUAGCAGAAAAUCUAUAUGCAAGGGCAAGAAGGCAUUAG